GGUGGCACAUCCAAGAUGAGGUCCUUCUGCGUUUCCGGAUUCUCCGACGCCAUGGACUGGAGGCCCAUCUUCUUCCAGGAUGCCGAGAUCACUCACAGCGCAUGCGCACUGUGUGGACUCGUGUUCCUCAAAGCCAUCAGGCUGUCCUGUGGCCACACGCUCUGCCCCGAGUGCCACGAGGAGUGCUCUCAACAAGGGAGCACCUGUCCCAUCGAUGAGGAAUCCUUCGGCGAUGAUGACUGCUCCCGAAUCGAGCUUUCAGUGGGCUUCCUCGCAAAACGCCGGGCGGCCUGCUGGAACAAGUCUAAUGGCUGCAACUUCGAGGGUCCCGUUGGCAGUCUCUUAAAGCACAACAUCGAGUGCGCUUUCCACGUGGUGUCCUGUCCUCGGUGUCAAGUGUCCGUGCUGAGGAGCGAGAUUGUGGGACACUGCAAACAUGGUUGCCACGUACCCGCCGUUGGGCCUGUAGUGGACGCAGACCGUGCCGCACAGGGAUACGACAGCAUCGAGCAGACAAGUAAUGAAAUCAAAGAAGCGUUGGGCAAGCUCUCUGAAGACCUGUCCUGUCUGCACACCAGCCUGAACCACUGCCGGGAGGACGUCAGAAAAGCAGAAAAGAGUUCGAAAGAACAACUGGAAGCUCAGUCUGCGACACUUGAACACUUGUCCAGAUUGCACAUCGAGGGACCUUCUCUUGCAGAAGGCGGAUUGAGUGACGUCGCUGGUAAAGGGGAGAAGGGCUGUCAGGCCGGAAACUUCGGCGUAGACGCCGAACACCCGCUGAACGCCACGGAGAGCACGUUCCAAGUAAUGCGUCCUGAUCACCAAGGAAAGCUAUUUUACUGGCACUUAAAGGGACUCGCAGCUAUGAAGGAAGAUGCAAACUCUUGUUAUUUGGUGGUAACUGAGAGCCCCAGGCACUAUUUGAGUGGAUACAACGUGUCCAUUGUAUGCCGUGUUGUUCCGUCUGAGAGUGACUUUUGUUGUGAUUUGUAUUUAAAAUUACAUCUUGGCGACAACGAUUCAAGCCUUAAAUGGCCGUUCAGAAGACGUAUCAGGGUCAGUGGCAUUCGCAACAUGAACCAAAAGAGGUAUCGGCUCAAAAAAUACAGUUUUGAUUUGGAUCCACCGUAUUAUGAGAACUUUAAGAGGCCAGACGGAAGUUCCUACAGCACUUUAGAACGCUUUUCUUCGUUGAUGUUGGAUAGACUAGAAAGGGACGGGUUUGUUGAUAACAACUCACUGCACCUGUACUUUGAGGUCAUGUAAUUGAAAGCCUGCUGACGAACAAUAAAUUUAAAAUAGGAGAACAUUAUUCUGCCAAAAUUAAAAUUAGCUUAUUACCUGUCCCUCAAAAUCGCACUGUUUAAUUCACUGUACACUUUUACAGCUGUCUCGGUUUA